AUGACAUCUCAGCACCUUUCGGACACUUCAGAGUUUAAGCUUUUGCUAGAGGGUUUUAACCAGCUGCAUGUGCGAUCUGCGUCUUACACCCCCACUCAGAACGGCUAUAGCCCACUUCAGAGACCCAUUAGAGAGCAUCUCAAGUACGGAGUCAUUAAUCUCGACAAGACUGCAGGACCCUCAUCUCAUGAAGUUGUUGCCUGGAUCCGCCGCAUUUUGGAGGUGGAGAAGACAGGCCAUUCAGGCACACUCGAUCCGGGCGUCACGGGUUGUCUGCUUGUUUGUCUGGACCGGGCCACCAGGCUGGUGAAGUCCCAACAGCUCAUGGGGAAGGAAUACGUCUGCGUGCUCCAGUUCAAGGACCUGGCCGCGCUUAAGGACGAGGACGCCCGCAAGGCCUUUUCGGCCUGCCUGCAGCAGGCUCUUGCGACACUCAGGUGCGCCCAGCUGCAGCUUCCCCCCAAGGAAGGCUGUGCUGUGAAGCGUCAGCUGCGCGUCAGGGAAAUAUAUACCUUGGAUUUAUUAGAGUUCAACUUCAAAACGGGGCAAGCAGUACUGAGGGCGUCAUGCCAGGCAGGGACAUAUAUGCGCACCCUUUGCGUUCACAUAGGGCUUCUCGUGGGUCACGAGGCAUACAUGCUAGAGCUUCGCCGCGUCAGGUCCGGUGAGCUAACCGAGAAGACCAACAUGGUUACGCUGCACGAUGUCCUGGACAGCUUCUGGUGCUGGAAGAACCUGGGCGACGAAAGCUAUCUCCGAAAGGUCGUGAUGCCUCUCGAAUACUUGCUGAAGUCGUACAAGCGGAUUUUCGUCAAGGAUUCGUCCAUCAAUGCGCUGACCUAUGGGGCUCCACUCCACAUCCAGGGCGUCUUGCGCUACGACCCUCGCAUCAGCAUCGGAGACACGGUUGUCCUGGUUUCCACGAAGGGCGAGGCCGUGGCCCUGGGGACGGCAACCAUGGGGGCCCAGGACAUCAUGGGCGUGAGUCGCGGGAUCGUAAGCAAAGUCAAGCGCGUCAUCAUGGACAGGGACCUCUACGACCGCCAGUGGGGCCUGGGGCCGACCGCCCUUCUGAAGAAGCAGCUUAUCAAGAACGGCCAGCUGGAUAAGUAUGGAGGCAUCAACAAGGACACACCGAAGGAGUGGGUGGAGAGGUUCCAGAACACGGAGGAGUUUCUAAAAACAGCGGGGAAUACCUGCGGAAACAGCACCGAGGGUGCGAACACUAAAGAUGCAGAUGGGCGCCAGCGGGGGCUCAAGAAGUAG